UAAGACGGAGCAGCGGGUCAGCAAGUAGCGUAGUGUUUCUCUAAUUGAACUUCGCAAAAGCAAUCAACAAGAACUCGUUAGCAGUUACUCGCUGUUUUUGCCUCCUCGAGACCGCUUAUUUUCGUGCAUGCGGUCGCCCCCCUGGCCAGUACAGCUACACAUGCUGAAGAUCUUUAUGGAGAGCGCGCAUCGGACCCUCGUAACAGGACUAAAGUUCGGGUCGCUGUGACGCUUGAAGCAUGGUGCUUUUGGAGAGCCAUUUCAGAGCGAGGAAGAACGACGAUUUCGCUUAAAGAACGGGAUAAAGAAAAGGUUUUAUAUGUAUAAACGAGUCGCGUCGAACAUUUAGGUGACUUCUGUUUGCAGUUGUUUUUUUUGGACUGAGAUGACCUCCAGUACUAAAGGCAUGAAGGCAGGCUCCGUUUUACAGUCCAGCGGCGAGGAGAGGCGGCGGGGUCCCUUGGACCAGCUCCCACCUCCGGCGAACUCCAACAAGCCCCUCACCCCAUUCAGCAUAGAGGAUAUCUUAAAUAAACCCAACGUGAAGAAAUCGGUCGGUACUCUGUGCCCUCCGCGGGUUCUGGAGAAAGUGGCCGGCUCGGCUGCGACACGGAACGGGAUCAGCGCGCCCUCUUCUCCGUUGUGUGCUUUGGAAGAGCUGGCGAGCAAAACUUUCAAAGGGCUGGAAGUUAGCGUUAUACAAGCCGCAGAAGGUCGCGAGCAUCUUAACGGCUUUGGCCAAAGACAGGCCUCCAAAAAACGACGGAAGUCCCGCACAGCAUUCACAAACCAUCAAAUCUACGAGCUGGAGAAACGCUUUUUGUAUCAAAAAUAUCUGUCACCGGCCGACAGAGACCAGAUCGCGCAGCAGCUGGGUCUGACCAACGCGCAGGUCAUCACCUGGUUCCAGAACCGACGGGCCAAGCUUAAAAGAGAUCUCGAGGAGAUGAAAGCGGACGUGGAGUCGCUCAAGAAAAUCCCCCCGCAGGCAUUGGAAAAACUGGUGUCCAUGGAUGACAUCGACGACCCUCACGGUGGCUCUGGGCCCAUUUCGCCCAGUCUUUCCCCGAGAGCCUUUCCCCAGUCCCCGUCCUCGUCGAGAGGCCAAACCACAGACGAGUUUUCAGAGGAGGACGAGGAAAUUGAGGUGGACGAUUAAAACCCAGGCCCCUCGUUUUCAGGAAAGGGCAUUUUUCACAACAUUUUGCACGGACGUUUGAAAGCGCGGAAGAACUUGAAAUGCAAGGAACGUUUUCUGUCUCCCUUAUUCUUAAUUUAUUGAAAGGAUUGUAAAAGCUCCAUAUUCUGAUGUCCAGACUGAAGACGUGGUUUAAGGAAUACGUUUUCAUAUCUGAGAAAUGAUUAGAGAUAAAUGGUACAGUAUCAAGACUGCAACAUGUGUAUGUGCAUUUUAAGCUUUAUUUCUCGACUUGAUUUUCGAAGGAAACGUGUGCAAUUGUUUACACUCAUGUUUCAAUACACAUUUAUGACCGCUAUGAAAACCUAUGCCAAAAGUGAAAUUCUCAUUUGAAUAGAUUUAUAUAUUUAUAAAUAAUUUCAGAAGUCCUCAGCGAAUUGACUUUACAUUGCAAUUGUAAAAACACAUUUCCCAUAUUUCUACGUUAUGUGUCCAAGUUCCUGGCACAAUUUCUAUGAUUGCAGGCAUUAUAAGCAAAUUAUUAAAAAGUGCGUGUAUGUCCGAAGCAAUGCAAGGGCAAGGUUGUGUAUAUAUAUAACACGUUAUGAUGCAUCUAACUCGUUAAAUUUAUUGUAACAUUCUAUUUAAUCCUCAUUUAUGUAAAUAAAGGGUAUAUGUA